AAAAUAAAUUCUUAACUCCUAAUAAUGGCUGGAAAGGGUUGACGAAGGAGCCAUGUCAGCAGCGACUUGCCCUAGUCCCUGAACUCCAAAUCCAAGUACGCCGAACGACCAAAGUCCCUGAAAAUCUAGUCCUGAAACGUCCUGCAACUGAAAUUCGUUCUGAACAAAGAGAAAGAGAAUCAGAGAAUGGGAAAUGAGAUUGCUUUGCCUCUGGUGGGGAUGGUGUUGGCAGAGUGUGCUCAAGUUGGACUAAUGAUAAUGGGCAAAGCAGCCAUGUCCCAUGGGAUGUCUAACUUCGUCUUUGUCUUUUAUUCCAAUGCCCUUGCCUCUCUCAUUCUCCUCCCAUCUUCUUUUGUCUUCCACAGAUCAGAGCGUCCUCCACUCACUUUCUCAAUUCUCUGUUGGUUUUUCUUGCUUGGCCUUCUUGGUUGCUUUGCCCAGAUUUUUGGGUAUGCUGGGAUAUAUUAUAGCUCGCCUACUCUUGGAACUGCCAUGCUCAAUCUCAUCCCAGGCCUCACCUUCCUACUUGCUGUUGCUUUCAGGAUGGAAAAGCUGCAUUUGAGAAGUAGCAGUAGCCAAGCUAAAUCACUGGGUACUAUAGUGUCAAUUGCAGGGGCAUUUGUUGUGACUUUCUACAAAGGCCCUUCAAUUUUGAUGUCAUCGUCACGUGCAAGCUCAUCUCAUCAAUUUCUCUUGCAACAGUCAAAUUGGACUUUUGGAGGAUUUCUCCUUGCAGCUGAUUGUGUGUUUGCUUCUGCCUGGCUUAUUGUUCAGGCAUCAGUCCUUAAGAAAUUCCCAGCUGAACUUAUUGUUGUCUUCUAUUAUUGCUUCUUUGUUACACUUCAGUCAGCAAUUGUCUGUUUGGUCACGGAAAGAGAUCUUAGAUCUUGGAGCUUUAAACCUGAUGUGAGAUUGGUUGCUGUUCUAUACUCUGCUGUUUUUGGCUCUGCAUUCCAACUUGGGGUUUCUACCUGGUGCCUGCAUAGGACAGGGCCUGUUUUUGUUGGCAUGUUCAAGCCUUUGGGAAUUGUCAUUUCAGUUGUCAUGGGAGUUAUCUUCUUGGGGGAUACAUUCUAUCUUGGAAGUUUACUAGGAGCAAUUGUCAUUGUUGCUGGAUUUUAUGCUGUGAUGUGGGGAAAAGCCAAAGAAGGAAAGAUAGAUGUGUAUGCUCAGGGGAUGAGAUUGGAAUCAAGCAGUCAAAAAGUCCCUCUCUUGCCAAAUAAUACUGCAGAAACUUAGGAGCUUUUUGUACAGUCAAUCAAAGCAGGCACCUCAUUUUGAAUGUAGGUCAUGGAUGUGGGAGGCACGAUUGUGGAUGUGAGCGUUGCACAGAAAUUUCAGUUGUAGUCAGCAGGGUUAUGUAGUAAACUAAAACAACAGUCUUGCUUCAGCUUUAGACAUUAGGGGAAGUGCACUGCAUCUCAAAUCCAGCCAUAUUGUUACUAUUCCUCUCCUCUUCCAAUAACUAGGUAAUACAUUGCAAUUUCAGCACUUUGUUUAUUAGAGAGGUGAAGAAGUUUUGUGAUUUCUA